GGAUAUAUAAAUGGUGAAACUCUAAAAAUUAGAGAGUCAUUCGUGGCUUUGUUGUCAACUUGAUAACAUUUCAUCUAUAAUUAUAUAUUUUACAUAAAAGUGAAUUUAUUAAUAAAUCAAUCCAAAUGACUUGAGUAUCAAUAAAUUGCAUCGAAAGAAAAAUAAAAAAAAAAAUGUCUUUGAAUCAUUUGAGUUAUAUUUUGUGCUUGACUUGUGCUUUACUUGUUAUUAUUGCCGAUAAAUCAAUUGGUGUAUCAAUAAAUUCUGAUAAAAAUAAUAAUAGCACAAAUCAACUUGGACCAAUAAAACCAUCACCAAUUGACGAAUCAGCUCAGCAAUCAUCUGAAAAAUUAACUGAUAAUAAUUCAAAUGGUUAUUUAACUAAAAGAGACAAUACAAAAGAAGAAAUUGAACAAAUUCAUGAUGAUUCAUCAACUAAGGAUAAAAAAGAAAAAUUAACACGUAAAAUACCUGGAUCAUCAUCAUCAUCAUCAUCAUCAUUUUUAAAUAGAGAUUUUGCAAGUUCCAAUUGCUGUGGUUCACUUUUUCAAGUAUCAGAUCAACUUGAAACUUCAGUUAUAACAACACGAGCAACUGAAUCAUCAAGAUAUCCAUCAGAAAAUAAUAACCGUUAUGGAAAUCGUCCUGAUAUUGACAGAUACGGUUGGCAGACAUAUCCCAGACCUGGACAAAGUUCAUCAUCAUCAUCAUCUUCUUCCUCUUCAAAUAGUAAUUCUUCUCCCUAUGGUAGUCAAGGAAACUCUCCCGAUAGGUAUGGAUCACGACCACCACCAUCAUCAUCAUCAUCAUCAGCAUAUGGUAAUGGACAAUAUGACUAUAGUGGUAGACCAGGUUUAUUAAGACCUGGAUAUGGAUAUGGAUAUGGAUAUAAUGACAAUAAUGGAGCAUAUGGAACAAAUGGAUAUGAAAUAAAUCAUCGUCCUCCUCUUGGUGGUGGUGGUGGUAUACAUUUUACAAAUAGACCAGGUGGAUAUGGUGGAAUGUAUGGAACAAAUUCAGAAGAUAAUGAAUUUCCAACAGGUUCUAAUGCUGAAGAACAACCACAAUCACCAGCAUCAGCACAUCUUCAAACUCAAAAAGCAGUUGCAUUAAAAGCACUUGCUGGUGUUGCAUUAAUUGGUGCUGCAGCAGCUCUUGCUGCAAAUCCUGUAUUAUUACCUCUUGCUGGUAAAAAAAAGAAAAGAUCAGUCUCAGUAGGUUUUGAUCAUCAACAUUUUCCAUAUAAAUUUAUUCUUGAUCAUGUGCCACAUAUACAAGAAAAAAAUAUUGCUGAAAAAUUUUGGAAUACACCAAAAUGUGUGUCACGUCUUGCAUGUGAAGUUCAACAUGAAUUUUUCAUUCAAAUGUCUCGUGAUAAAUCAUUCAUACAAGAUGUUCCAGUUAUUAAAAAAGAUAUUCAAAGAAAAUUGGAUGAAUUAAUCAUCAAGGGUAUUUUGCAAUCAGAGGAUUUACAACAAAGUCUUGAAAUUUUAAAAAAAAUUGCUAAACAAGUUCAAAAUACAAAAAGUAAUUGUAAUGUAUUUGUCUGCAAAUUAUAUGCUCCAUGA